UUCACUCUGGUGGCAGGGACUCAGCUCUGAAUUCUGUAUAGAAAGCACCUGGAUCCCAGUCUUUCAAUGGCUUCAAGACAACCAGAAGUGCCUGCUCUUGAGCCUAGUGGGCCUCUAGGCAAGAUGUCCCUGCCCAUCGGGACGUACCGCCGGGCAUUCAGCUAUGAUGAUGCCCUGGAGGACCCUACGCCCAUGACUCCUCCUCCAUCGGACAUGGGCAGCAUCCCCUGGAAGCCAGUGAUUCCAGAGUGCAAGUAUCAGCACCUCGCCAAGGUGGAGGAAGGAGAGGCCAGUGUCUCGUCCCGUGCCCUGCCAUCGGCCACUGACGGUGCGGACAAGGUCCCCGUGGUGAAGGCUAAAGCUACCCAUGUCAUCAUGAGGUCUCUGAUCACAAAACAGACCCAGGAGAGCAUUCAGCGUUUUGAGCAGCAGGCAGGGCUGAGAGAUGCUGGCUACACACCCCACAAGGGCCUCACCACCGAGGAGACCAAGUACCCUCGCGUGGUAGAAGCACUCCACAAACUAAAGCUCCAGAGCGGAGAGAUAACAAGAGAGGAGAAGCAGCCGGCCUCCACCCAGGCCACCCCAAGCAGCAACUCCCUCUCUUCCCCUAAGCAGAAGCCCAGAGGCUGGUUCACUUCUGGUUCUUCCACAGCCUUACCUGGCCCCAAUCUUAGCACCAUGGAUUCUGGAAGGGGGGGAAAAGACAGAAGCUCGGCAGAUAAAUGGAGCCUCUUUGGACCAAGAUCCCUCCAGAAGUCUGAUUCUGGAGGUUUUGCCAUCCAGGCCUACAAAGGAGCCCAGAAGCCUUCUCCAAUGGAACUGAUCUGCAUGCAGGCCACCCGAAUGGCCGAGGAUCCAGCAGUGUUCAAGCCACCCAAGAUGGACAUCCCAGUGAUAGAAGGGAAGAAACAGUUGCCGCGGGCCCACAAUCUCAAACCGUAG